AAUUUGAAGGGGAUUAAUGGAACAUAGAACAGUUGGAAGUUGAAGGAAGCCCAUGGAUGUGUCGUCUCUGGUUCAUCUUUUCUUCAAUAAUCCUACAUUUAGCGACAUCACUAUGGUCAUAAAUGAUGAACCUCUUUAUCUCCACAAGAUAAUUCUUGCUCAGAGUCCAAAGUUUGCUGCUGCUUUCAAAAAUGGAGAAGAUCACCACAAUACAAUUGUUUUGGAAAAUUAUGACUUCAGCAGGGAGAUGAAGUCUUUCCUUAGAUCUCUCUAUGAUGGAACAAUCAACCUAGACAGUGCUAACAUUCAAUUUUUGCUGAUGCUCAGUGUUGAGUAUGGUGUACCCUGGAUUGAGAAAAGAUGUGCUACAACAUUAGGGGACUCAGUGCGACCAAGAAAUGCACUAGAAUUCCUAGAAAUAGCGUGUAAAGUGCGAAGUGAGACUCUAGAGGAAAUCUGUGUCGAUAUUAUGAAUGUCUCCAUGGACACUAUUCAUCAAUAUUUAGAAUUGGGUCGAACUUUGCCAAGCAAAUUGCUUCUUGAUCGAUGUGCUAAGGUCCUAUCCCGAUAUUCUUAUCUAUGGAAAGUGUAUAAAGACGAGUUAUGGACAUCUGCAGACAUUCAAUUCGUAUUGAAGGUUAUCUCAGGAGAGCGCUCAACGUUCUCAGUGCCAGCACAAGUACUAGCUCUGAUUACGUGGUUGGAGCACCAGACAGAUCUAGAUCAACCCUCUGUAGACCAAACUUUAAAACUAAUCCAAUACAAAUACCUUCCCCACUCCUUCCUUACUAACUUUGUCUCCCCGUGUCUGCAUCAUCUCACAAAGAGUACGUUACCAAACUUCUUACCUAACAUGACAGUCAAACCUUUUACAUACUUUGUCAAGACAGACUCACCAGAGGAGAACGCAACUGAAAAGUACACGGGUGUCAGGACAUGUUUUUAUACGCAGAACUUGCUGGAGAUGGAUUACCGUGAGUUCACUGUUUCAAUGCCUCUCAAACUCUUCAAAUACACCAACUCAACGGAAGUGUGUGGCUGCCCCCCAGACAUGGACGAAUGUGUGUGCAGUAGCACUAUCUCAGCAUGUCACAUCGCUACCGCUGGGGUUAUGAUCACCAUCAACCCUCAGAGAGAAGAACCCAUGUUUAUUGACAGUGGGAGGGCCUCAUUGUACUGGUUUAUAGCUAGAAGAGGUGAAUCCGUACCAUGGUCUAGAUUGUGUGGAGUUACUAGGGGUCACUCUCGAAUCGAUCUGAAAUUGAGCGAGAUAUUAGAUUAUGUUGGUGAUAAUGAUUCUUUUGUACUUAGCUUUUUCUUAUGAUUUUUCUUAAAAUUUGGGCAGGGUUUUUUAUUUCUUUAUCGGUAUUUUUCUGCUGUUGAUCUUUAUUUUGGUUUCAUGUUGUUUUGUUUUGUAUUCAGUUUUAACUUUGUAAUCA